CCGGGCGUCAUGGCCGCCUCGAAGCCCGUGGAGCCGGCGGGCGGCGGCGGCCCCACGGGGCUGUCCCGCUGGCAGCUGGCGCUGGUGCUGGGCGCGCCCAUCCUGCUGGGCGCCGGAGCCAUCUACCUGUGGGGGCGGCGGGCGGCGCGGCGCGGGAAGGGCGCGAGCGAGAGGAAGACCCCCGAGGGGCGGGCGAGCCCCGGGCCCGGCGGCGAUGGAGGCUCCGGGCAGCCCGACGGGCCCGGGCACGAGGAGAUGAGCCCUCUUGGUAGAGCCCAAGCAGCCAAGAACAAAGGAAACAAGUACUUUAAAGCAGGAAAAUAUGAGUCAGCUAUUCAGUGUUAUACUGAGGCUAUCAGCCUGUGCCCUCCUGAGAAAAACCUUGAUCUUUCUACCUUCUAUCAAAAUAGAGCUGCUGCCUAUGAACAACUGCAAAAAUGGACAGAAGUGGCACAAGAUUGCACAAAGGCCGUUGAGCUUAAUCCUAAAUAUGUAAAAGCUCUCUUCAGGCGUGCAAAGGCUCAUGAGAAGCUAGACAAUAAGAAGGAAUGUUUAGAAGAUGUCACUGCAGUCUGCAUUUUAGAAGCCUUCCAAAACCAGCAAAGUAUGUUAUUAGCUGAUAAAGUUCUUAAACUCCUGGGAAAAGAAAAGGCCAAAGAGAAAUACAAGAAUCGUGAGCCUCUGAUGCCCUCACCACAGUUCAUUAAAUCCUACUUCAGUUCUUUCACAGAUGAUAUAAUCUCCCAACCUUUGCUUAAGGGUGAGAAAUCAGAUGAAGAUAAGGAUAAGGAGGGAGAAGCUUCCGAAGUAAAAGAGAACUCUGGCUACUUGAGAGCAAAACAAUAUAUGGAAGAAGAGAACUAUGACAAAAUCAUCAGUGAAAGCACAAAAGAAAUUGAAGCAAAGGGAAAAUACAUGGCAGAAGCUUUGCUCCUGAGAGCUACUUUCUACUUACUUAUUGGCAAUGCAAGUGCUGCCAAACCAGACCUAGAUCAGGUCAUCAGCAUGGAAGAUGCAAAUGUGAAGCUCCGAGCUAAUGCCCUGAUCAAACGAGGCAGUAUGUAUAUGCAGCAGCAGCAGCCUGUGCUGUCCACACAAGACUUUAACAUGGCUGCUGAUAUUGAUCCUCAGAAUGCAGAUGUUUACCACCAUCGAGGACAACUGAAAAUCCUGCUUGACCAAAUAGAGGAGGCUGUGGAAGACUUUGAUGAAUGUAUCCGGUUGCGACCCAAUUCUGCCUUGGCUCAAGCACAGAAAUGUUUUGCUCUGUAUCGCCAAGCUUAUACAGGAAGUAAUGCUUUGACUGUGCAAGCAGCCAUGAAAGGCUUUGAAGAUGUCAUUAAAAAAUUUCCAAAGUGUGCUGAAGGCUAUGCACUCUAUGCUCAGGCACUAACUGAUCAACAGCAGUUUGGCAAGGCUGAUGAAAUGUAUGAUAAAUGCAUUGACCUUGAGCCAGACAAUGCUACUACAUAUGUUCAUAAAGGUUUACUUCAGCUCCAGUGGAAGCAAGACUUAGACAAAGGGUUAGAACUCAUAAGCAAGGCCAUUGAGAUUGAUAACAAAUGUGAUUUUGCAUAUGAAACCAUGGGAACGAUUGAAGUGCAAAGAGGUAAUCUGGAUAAAGCCAUUGAAAUGUUCAACAAAGCUAUCAACCUGGCCAAAUCCGAAAUGGAGAUGGCCCACCUCUACUCCCUCUGUGAUGCUGCCUAUGCCCAGACAGAAGUUGCAAAGAAGUAUGGAUUGAAACCACCAACACUGUAAAGGAACAAGGAGGAAAUGGCGUUCUAAAGUGAAGUUGCCCACUUCAGCCAGCCCUAAAGACGCUGUUGCAGACCAUGCUGAAUGGUGGAACUUAGUUUUUUCCCGUUCGUGGUGUUGUCAUUUGCUACAUCUGUUAAAUGUUUAGGUGUUGUGGGAGUGGUUGUUCAAGGAAGUAUGCAGUGCUGCAUCUUGUUCCUUCUGCAGCAAAAACCUUAAGGUGUGUUAAGGGAAAUAAAGUUGCAGGGGAACAAAAGGAAGAUAUUUUGGCCAUGCAAAUAAAAACUUCACACUGGUUCAUUUUGGGUGAUUAUGUUGUGGGCGAUUUUUGCUUUUUCAAAUAAUAAUACAGCAUGUGGGGUUUUUUUCCUGUUGAUUUUAAAGGUAAUACUAGUCAGUGCUGUAAAAUAGAUUUCUUUUUUAUAUCCUAAUAAUCCUUGAGGGUUGAUUUUAAUUUUACAAAAAGGCAAAAAUUAAUUUUCAAACUUUAAUAAUAGAGGGUUUUUUUAAGUCAGUAGAUGUGGAGAGAAUCCCUGUAAAUAUAUGCAAGCAUGCACAAUCUUCCCUUAAAUUCCCUUCCACCUUCUGCAUAACUUAGAAAUAGUCCUGUGGCAGCUAUUAGGGAAUUAAUUUGAUAGUCCUUAUCUUCACCUCAGAAAGCCCUAGAGAACUGAUUAGGAGAGCAAAUAAAAGACAUUGGCUGGGGAAGGAGGUCAGGUAACACUGCUUCAGCAUAGACUUCACAGGAAGAAAGGCUGUGUUCCUGUGCAGCAGUCCUUACUUGAAUGUCAUGGGAAGUUGUUCUGGAGGAUUCAGAGGGACUUCCAAGAACAAAAAGUACUGCUGGGAGUCAAGUUCCCAAAGGUAAGGUCAUGCUUGCAUAUAAUCUUUGUAAUCUCUGAUGCUUUUGCAUAAAUGUAACAGACCAUCUAAAUUCUCUUCAGUCUCUAGAGCCUGCUGUGUUACUGCUCCUUUUAAGAGCCCCUUUGCAGAAUUAAGUGAGAUAAGGAACAAAGCAUAGGCUAAAACUUCAAAUAAUGGAUUUGGAGUCUGCACUGCUUUCCUUGUUCCAUAGACUUUGUCUUGUCUGAGAUUACAAAUACUGUAGAAAGGAAGCAACUGUGCUGCAAACAGGACAGGGGCAAAUUGUGGAAUAGUCUUCCUUUAGUUGGGAACUUCACCCCUGCUUUGGGUUGAUCUUUCUGGUGUGGAAGUCAGUCAGUCCAUCUUGCCUCUCCCUGGGUUGAUGUGGCUGGAUAAACCUCAUGCAAAUGAUGUAGCUUAACUUAUGACACGCUAGUUUGGGCUUCUUUCCAUCCUGAAAUCAUAGAUUUGUUUGUGGUGAAUUGUCUAAUGUAUUUAAUCUUUUAAAGAAAUUAAUGAUGCUGUAGUCAAACUGUCUUGUUCUGUAGUUGUGCCACCAUACAGCAGCAGCUUGCAUUUUCAACUUGACCUUCCUUUCUCCCAGCAACUACAGUUGAGAAUUCAAAUGGUGGAGAGUAGACAUAAAGAUUUAAUCAUUCUAUUUUAGCUAGCUCAGUAGGUGAUCUGAAAUCAUAGCACUGGUGUGGAAUUGAAGGUAUGGGAAGGUACUGGCAGCUUCUAAGGGCACUGCAUGUAACAAGUGUCAAAUGUCUUCUCGAACUUCCAAUCUCUGCAUCAAUUACCUGAGAACAAAAAUAUGCCAGACUGAGGAGUCCUGUUCUCCUGAGGAGUUUUUAUUCGCAUGGCCUUAUUUACAUUGGCAUUUUCUCCUCAUCACCCCACCUGUACCCCAUUCCUUACCCCACCCAAUCAAUUAAGGGAAAAAAGCAUGAGCUGUCAAUUACUAGCAUUCCAAAUCAUCACAGACUUUUGCCUGUUCUUGAACUAGUUUGAAACUGCACUGAAAGGAUGCAUUGUCUGUAAUUUUUUUGUAAAUGACAUAUCACCUGUAAACUGAAAAAAUAAAUACUACCUUCAAGUAUCUCUCUCUGACAUGUAUAAGAACAGGUUUUGAUGGAAGUGUUCUCUGCUGUGGUGAGCUCUGUGCUUAUUUGACAUUGCUCCAAAUCUAGGAUGAACUAGUACUGACUGGCUCCUUGACAUCUGCUCUCACUUCAACCUUUAAGAAGGAGGAGGAGAUGUGGAAUCAGCAAAUCUGAUCUUCGCUUGCUUCCAUCACCCACAGAGGUAUGAUCUUGAGAGCUGAAGAUUACAGGGGAAAGGAAGUCGAGCCAGGAAAGCUGGGAGUCUGAGUAGCUGACAUCUUGUUAAUGUGUGUAUGCAGGUGGAUCCCUUUAGUGAAAGGGACUUUCUUUAAAUGGCUGAUAGAGCAGAGGUUUUACUUUAAGCCAGGUGUGCAUGUGAACUUCGAGAAUCGAGAGCUGAAGUGAAACAAGUAUUAUUGCUAUUUAAAAAAAAUAAAACUGUUGAAAUUA